UGUUAUAACCUACAUCGAGUUAACAACUUCUGUAAACAGGCAGAAUGACCCUAACGCAAACCAUCAAUAAUAUCGCUGAAAGUCUUGACAGUGCGGAGUGCAAAACGUUAUUGUACUUAACUGGAGCGGAGGAUGUUCAUUAUCGCACGUCAGAUGUCAGGGAUGUAUUGACUGACAAAUGUAUGUCAAAUGCAAAAGAUGUUAAUUUGCUUUUGACGGAGCUCAUGUUCAGGAUGAGGCGUUACGAUAUUCUAAAGAGGAUUUUACGCUCCAGCAGGACUGAAGUUGAAGUGAUGCUGAAACAAGUUCAGUUUGUCUCAGACUACAGAGUCCUCAUGGUUGAUAUCAGUGAAAAUAUUGGAGCAGAUGAUCUGAGCUCCAUAGUGUUUUUGCUCAGCAACUCCUUGUCAAGAGAGAGACGAGAUGGAAUGAAGAGUUUCUUGGACAUCGUAAGUGAACUUGAGAAGCAAGGUGAAGUGUCAAGUGAGAGCAUAGACUUAAUAGAACAGUGUCUCAGGGACAUAAAGCGCAUUGACCUUGUGAAGAAAAUCAACCAGUACAAGACUAGAGUGGAAACAACAAAAGGGAUUUCAGUGGGAAAUCAAACCAGCACUGGUCAGCUUCUCAAAAAGUCAGUAGCAGAGUCUGGUUCCUCCCCUGUGGUUUCAAUGACGUGGGAACUACCUAGACAUUACCAAACUACCAAUAUCUCCACUACCAGAAAUGAGGUGAGACAGGUGAGGCCGCCUGCGCCGCAGUGUUCAAUGGACACGUACAGAAUGCAGGCUCAGCCCCGCGGAGUGUGUCUGAUCCUCGACUGUGUUGGCAAUGAUGGAGAGCGUCUGGAGCAGACCUUCAAGGCUCUCCACUUCCAUGUGAUCCUGCGUCAGCUGCUGAGCGUGGCCGAGUGCCUGUCCGUCCUGCGAGAGGCGUCUCAGCUGCCCCACCACCGCUGUGCCGACGCGUUCGCCUGCUGUAUCAUCAGCCGCAGCUCGGGGGCCCGCCUGCUGGGUACGGGGCCCCCCCAGGGCCCUUGGCUGGACCUGGACACCAUCAGGGGGCUCUUCCACUCCGUCGCCUGCCCAGCGUUGGCGGGCAAACCCAAGCUCUUCUUCAUCAACGGCUAUAACGUCUCCGAGCCUGUCGUGCCGUCUGAGCGGCGCUCUGGCUACCACCACAGUUACUCGGACCCGUGUCUGGAGACGGAUGGGCCGGCUCUGGGUCAUGAGGUUCCCAGCAUCCCUACGACCGCAGACGUCUUCUGGAGCCACUGCUGGACACAGGAGUCAGCACUGCAAGAGCUACACCACCAGUCAGUGUACCUGCAAGCACUGCAGUCCUCACUGCUGAAUGGACAAAGAAGAAAGAGGAACUUCCUUGAUGUUCAUAUGGAGAUAAAUCAGAAGAUUUUCGAACACAAUGAAAGGAACCCAACAGGAACGUACGGCCUUGAUCUGAGGCACACACUACGAAAAAUGCUUGUUCUGACAUAGUAUUGUUGACAGAUACUAAAAAAACAACUCUUCACUUGGCAGUACUGGUCGUCAAGGAGUGCUACUUUACUUUUUUUCUGCCAAGCAGGUGCACUUUGGCUCAAGGAAAAAGUCACUUUCAGCUAAACUCACUUUUGGAUAAACUCAACUUCAGUAGCGCCUUUGGGAUCUUUGACAAGACUUUAACCACAGUCACUACUGAAGUUGAGUUUAGCCAUAUCUUAAAAUAGUAUUGUUGACUUUUAAAACAAGUUUUGAUGCAAAUGUAAGAGCAAAUAAUUAAUGUGGAAGCUUAAUUAUGUGUUGUCUUGAACAUGUUCAUCUCUAUUGAGAUGGAGACUUAGGCCUACCUGUUUUGGAUUAAGUUGAUAAUGAGGUAACACUCUAGAAUAACUACUCCUAAAAAGGUUUAUAAAGACGUUAUAUAUAAUGAACUAUUUAGCAAUAAAACAUAAAAUAAUGCUUGUAAAUGAGUAAGAAAUAGUAUGUUAACACAGCAGACACAGUUACAUUGGUCCUAAGGUCUCUAAUGACCAGAAGGCAUGAAACCACUGGAUGGAUAGAGAAAUAUUCAGCAUGCAAACACAUGUAAAACUCAUCCAGUAGAAUAUGAUUCCCAUUCCACUGUGCAGUCAUAAUUCAUUUCUUUUCCAUUUACAAACAUUUGCUAAUAUUUUGUUUAUUAUCAGUUCAUUAAUAUGUGUUAAUUAAGUGUUUAUAAAGCUUUUAGGGGUAGUUAUUCUAAAGUGUUACCAAUAAGGACAAAUGGAGUCAUGCCUUUAUCAGGCAUUUAUAUUUAUUGAAUUAUUUUUUUUAAUGUUUUUUUUGCUGACAUUGUAGGCCUACUUGUUAGGGCAGCUAACAUGAUUAAGGCAUGACACCAUUUUUUUUUUUAAAUUCUACCUCAGUCCAGCAUUUUUGUGGCCACAUGCAUUAAUGUAUUUCUUUCUUUUAAAUGUUGUGACAUAAUACAUCCUCUAUAUGGUUGC